CCUGACGGAGCAGCGCAUCAUGGCAUCUGAAGAGCUCGCCCGAAAGCUGCAGUCGCGGCUCUCCGCCGCACAGGAGGCCGUGCCGAGGCCCGAGGCCGAACAAAGCCCGGUCCGGCCCAGAUCGCAGGUGUUUGAGGCUGCGUGCGGCGACUCAUCCUCCGAGCUGUCCGCCAAACUGACGCGUAGGCUGGACAUCAACGAGGGCAACGCUGCACCGCGAGCUGCCCGCGUCUUCAACCCUUACACGGAGUUCAAAGAGUUCUCCCGCAAGCAGAUUAAAGACAUGGAAGCAAUGUUCAAACGGUAUGACACUGGGAAAGAUGGCUUCAUUGACCUGAUGGAGCUGAAGCUGAUGAUGGAGAAGCUGGGAGCUCCACAGACCCACUUGGGCCUCAAGAACAUGAUCAAAGAGGUGGAUGAAGACUUUGAUGGCAAACUGAGCUUCAGAGAGUUCCUGUUGAUCUUCCGGAGAGCAGCAGCUGGAGAACUGCAGGAGGAGAGUGGUCUGCUGGCUUUGGCAAGACUGUCUGAGAUCAAUGUUUCCACUCAGGGUGUUAUGGGGGCCAGACUUUUCGAAGCCAAGAUGCAGGCUCUGUCGGUGGGAAGCAAGUUUGAGGCUGAAAUUCGAGAGGAAAAAGAAGAACGCAAGAGGCAAGAAGAAGAAAAAAAGCAACGGCAUGCUGCCUUCAAGCAGCUGCAGUCCACCUUCUGCUCAUAACCCUCUAUAGGAAGCAGCAGAUAACAGUGCAAAAGUCAGUGUUACUGAAAUUUUAGAAAUAGCUUCACACUCCUUACUUACACUUGAACCAGUUUCAGAAUGUGGCACUUUAUAACAAAACUACAAAGAUGCACUAAAGUAAAUGUUGACUAAAAUAAUUGAAAAUGUGUCAUAACUUGGCACAGGGUGAAGUUAAAUGUAUGGUUAGCUUUGCACAAAUCUGUUAUCUUGGAUAUUGUAUGUUCGCUCUCUAGACCAUCAGAAAUCUUAAGGAUUUAUUAUUUUAGUUUGAGUUCUGUGCUAGAACCUUGUCGAUGACCAGUAGUUUGCAAUUCCGCAACUAAACAGCAUCUAUACAUUUCUGUGUACCUACAGAGUAAAUUAAGAAGAUAUAAGUUCCUAAGCAGUGAGCUUUAGAGGUAUCUGUAGGCUGCACAGUCUUUAUGCGAUAAUAGGCUAACCAUGUCCUGCCUUGGUUUCUGUGGUUUGACCACAUCUUUUCAUCUGACCCUGAGAAAGAAAGAAAGAAAAUCAGGAAAUUUCUCCAAACCCAGAUCCUUCAGAUGGUGGUGUUCUGGAACCAAGCCAAGGCCAACAGCUUCAAACUGAAUUUUAGCCAUAUUGCUAAAAGUGCACAGAUGAAAGACUUCUUCUAUUUAAACAUGCUCACCUUGACUUUUGCUUUUGCUAAGACCUCAUUUCUAAUGACACUAGGAAUCACUCUUGAUAAGCUGUUGUGACUUUGAGUAUGAUACAGAUCCUAUUAUUUACAAGAGCAUGCAAUGCAUGCAUUACGAGUGAGUCACAGUAUAUACUCUAAAAUCUUAAGCGGGGGCUGUUUUUUAAGUUCUGUCAGGGUUCUCUGUGUUCUUAACUGAAGGUCUGAUGUGAUGCUUUAUCUUUAGUGGCAGAGAACAGUUUUCUAAGCAGCAUCUUUUUAGGUAUCUUCUAUAGAAGGAAACUGUCUAAACCACCAAUGAACUAUUGUUUGAAUAAUUUCUUCAUAAUGCUUUACACAUAAUGUCAUAACACUCACCAUGGUGUAAAAGUACCUUUACUGCGAGCAGCAUCUGAAGUCCAUGCAGAUUACAAGGUCCCAGGAGAACUGUCCCCAUCUCAUUUUUACAUGCUCCCCUAAAAAGCGUGUCAUGCUGUAUAAUACAGGAUGUCACAAAUUAAGACAUUAAAGGUCUAAUUUCUGUAAACCAAGGGAGCACAAUAAAGAAUAAACAGAAACAAACAUUUACCCUGAACAUGGGACCCAGAACAAGAUGAAGAACAUUCCGUUUCUUGCAGUAACUGGAAUACUCCAGAAAAGUAAAAUCUUCAUGCAUCAUUUAUAAACACACUUUGGUAUGGCGGUGCAAGAAUCAAAAUGUUAACGAGAGUUCACCAAGUACACACUGGCAGCAUCGCUGCUUCUUUUUGCAAAUGAGCCAUCAGUUUUACACAACAGCUUUUUACUGACUUUAAAGGCCACUGAAAUUCAACUUAAUUCCCAAAGAGGACAAAUGGUGAUUUUUUUUAUGUUCUGACACUGUGAAUUACAGCACUGUGCAAAAAUCUUGGGCCACGCCUCAUUUCUUUACAUUUUGCUUCCAAUGAACCAGACUUGCAAUUUGGUCUUGAACUGGAGUUUUCCAGGUUUUCUGAAGGUCUUUCCAAGUGUUGCUCCGGACAUUGGCUUCUUUUUCACUCAUUUUCAAUCCAGUUCUUGUACCUGACUGUUUUCAGAGUUUUUCAGAUUUCAUAGUUGUUGGAUUUUUGUUUGAGACCUGAGUUUAGCAAAAAAAGUGAAUUGCAAACACUUGUCCAUGCUUUUACCUCCUCUUGCUUGGAUUAUUGUAAUGCACUGUUUUUUGUGUGUGUGUCUAAAGCAUCUAAUCUUAAUCAUCUUCUGUCUGCUGCUGCAAGGCUUUUAAAUCACUCUCUUAAAUGUUCUCAUAUCAUCCUGUUUUUAAAGUUUCUGCACUGGCUUCCUGUCAGGUUUAGAUUUCAGCUUAAAAUCUUGGUUCUUACUUUUAUGGUCUUACAAAGUGAGGCUCUCACCUAUAUUGUCAAUCUGCUUCACCCCUAUUCUCCAAGUUGGGUUCUUAGGUCUGCAGAUAUGGGUCUUCUUGUGAUGCCACAUACCCUUCUGAAAACUAAGGGGGAUUGCACAUUCCAAAACUUUGGAACAGUUUACCACCUUUGUUUGCACCUUUGAUCUGUGGCAUCCUUUAAAAAGCAGUUAAUUGAUACCUCUUUAAAGUACUUUGACUGGUUUCUUGUCUUGUAAAGCACUGUAUAAAUACAUUUUUAGUUACUAAGAACCAAUUUUAAGUUAUACCUUUAGGUAUUUUGUUAUUAGCGGCCUGUCACAAAAACUCAUAAUCUGUUCCCAUUUAUUUUUUUUAAAUCUAUGAAAAUGUCAAGAUAACAGUCAUGACACAGGGCCUGGGAGAUAUAUCUGUUGAGCAGAUUUAUCUACUGUUUGCUGAAACCACAUCAGAAGGGUGACUGUUAAGCCAUUUUUAUGGAUGAGGAAUAGGGAGAAAUGCUGAGGGUAUGCCAAAUUACACAAGAACUGGACUGAAAAUCAUUGGCAGCAGGUCUGAUGGAGUGAUGAAUACAAAUUUGAAUAUUUUUUUUCCAUGAAAGAGCUCAGGACAGAGGUCCAACAGUGGUUGUCUGCAGCCAUCUGUAAAACACACUGGGGGCUGUGUCAUGGUUUGGGGCUGCAUUCCAGCCAGUGCUGUUGGGGAUAAGUCAGUCAGAUUUUGAUCUACCACACAGUACCACAUGGAAAGAAUCUGAUUGGCAACUACUUCAUUUUUCACUGUGACAAUGAUCCUAAACGCACUGCCAGUGCAGUAAAACAUGCCUAUAUAGGAAAAACACAGUGGAACACUAUCAGUCAUGGAUUGGCCUCCUCAAAGUCCGGACCUCAACAUUAUUGAAGCAUUGUGGGAUCAUCUUGGCAGAGAUAGGAACAAAACACAGUCAGCAUUAAAAAAGAGCUUUGAAUGCCCUUCAAGACAUUAUCCAUGAAGACUAUUUAAAGAAAUUACAAGAAAGCUCACCUAAGAUGUUCAGGCUGUAUUCAAGAAUAAAGGUGGUCAUACCAAAUAUUGACUUUCAAGCUCAUUAGAAUUGGACAAACUAUUUUUGCAUUAUAUACUGUAUUUCCAUGUUUGUUUGCACAUUUCCCAUUUUCCUAGCAAACUAUAAAGAAAUGAGGGUGGCUCAAGAUUUUUUUUUUUUUUUGCACCGUACUGUAAACAUGUUCAAUAGAAACAGCCUCACUGCAGUAUUUUGUGAUCACUGACGGGCUGUGCAGGAUUGGACAAGCAGUCCUGCAAUUCCUUCGUUUAGCACAUCUGCACAGAAAACAGAGAUGUACAUAUCACUUCAUGGUGUAGUCUCAGGAAUCUCUACUAGCUCUUCUACAGACUGAUAGAGCAAUGAAAAGCAGAAUUUGAGAAGGCUGUGCCAGAGACACUGAGAACUGACAGUGUUUUAUCAAUAGCUUUGCUAUGCAGCUAUGAGGUUAGCAUUGGCCCAAAAAGGGGAGACUGAAUAGAAGAGCUCAGUAUUUGGGGAAAUAAUAUUCAGAGAGUGAGAUCAGCUUUUCAGUUCAAUAAUCUCAUGGUUGUUUUCACUCAAGAACUGGAAUCAGGAUGUGCUUAGCUUAGCGUAGCAUAAAGUCUAUAAGCAUGGUUAGUAGCUAGCCUAGUUCUGUCCAAACUGAAUACAUAGAUCUAGCAACAGCCUUAAGACUCAUAGUGAUGCUACUGUCUAUAAUGUUUGCUAUUUGUCAAAUAAUUUUAAAUUUGUUCAUUAAUGAACAGCAGCUGUCUGACACUCUGUUGGAAGAUAAACAGAUUAAAUGUAUUCCUGCAUCUAGAACUACAAAAUGUUUUUGCAUUUUUGGAAAGAUAUAAAGUAAUAACCAGUAACCUUUACAAGUGCUGAUGCAUUUUUACCUCUCUUAGUCUCACUCUCAGAAAGAAAGUCUUUAUUUUUUUCCCCAUGAUGUUGAUCUAUGUCUGGAAAAAAAAAAAAAAAAAAAAGAAACACUGGACCAGAGGUGGAUACAGUCCUCUCAUCUUUUUUAAAUGAUAUGCAGUAUUACUACCUUUGGAAGGUCUGUCAUGUCAUCAAUAUGCACCACACCUGCAAUAUGCUAAACUUACACUAGCAAAGAAGAAAAAAAUAAAACAUUUAUAUACGUGUGCAGAACCUGCUCUGUUCUGAACAGAACAUUGCCUUUGUCAGCGUUUGUGGGCUUUGAAGGGCAGAAGUCCAUUUAGGGUUGAUAUACAGACGUAGGAAAGCAGUAAAAGUAAGAAAAUGACUAACUAUGAAUUAAGUAUUUCAUGAUACACACAUUACAGAAAUCCUUGAAGAUCAGAUGGAUCCACAAGCCUGAUAAAUCAUAGUCUGUGACCUAAGCAGGGCUUAUUGUAAGGUGCAGUUUGUGUCUGAUCAUUUUAUUCAGUCUAUUAAUGUAUUAAGUUGUAGCAUGUUAAUGUUGUCAUAUAACAAACUACUGUAUGAAUCACAUAACUUCUCAAUGAUUUGUUGUAGAAUGGACGGUAUUUUUUCAUGAAUAAAUUUUGUUUUAUUGGAAAAGUUGCCAAAUAUUAAAGUCAGUGAAAUCUAUUUUUCAGCACUGUAUAGAUAUUGUGUUGUGCUGUCCCUGUCCGAAUGGUAACGUUUAACUUAAUUGCAAUAAAUAAAUAGAACGAUAAACAUA